CAGCGAAACGUUUUGUUGACACUGCGGUGCGGCGGCGACGAAACACCCACAAAACAACAACGAUGGCUGCCGGUCCGAUCGCUGAGCGGAAUCAGGAUGCCACUAUCUACGUCGGUGGGCUGGACGAUAAGGUCUCGGAGACGCUCCUGUGGGAGAUGUUCGUGCAGGCUGGCCCGGUAGUGAACGUCCAUAUGCCGAAGGAUCGCGUAACGCAGAUGCACCAGGGCUACGGGUUCGUGGAGUUCCUGGGCGAGGAGGAUGCCGACUAUGCGAUCAAGAUUAUGAACAUGAUCAAACUGUACGGUAAACCGAUUCGUGUGAACAAGGCUUCGGCGCAUCAGAAGAAUCUGGACGUGGGAGCGAAUAUCUUUAUCGGAAACUUAGAUCCCGAGGUGGAUGAGAAGUUGCUGUAUGAUACGUUUUCGGCGUUUGGGGUAAUUUUGCAGACACCGAAGAUUAUGAGAGACCCGGAGACGGGUAACUCGAAAGGAUUUGCGUUUAUCAAUUUUGCAAGUUUCGAGGCGUCGGAUGCGGCGAUGGAUGCGAUGAAUGGUCAGUAUUUGUGCAAUCGGCCCAUUUCGGUGUCGUACGCGUUCAAGAAGGAUUCCAAGGGCGAACGUCACGGAUCAGCCGCGGAGCGUCUUCUGGCGGCUCAGAAUCCUCUUUCGCAUGCGGAUCGUCCUCAUCAGCUGUUUGCGGACGCACCGGUUCCUCCUCCGAUCAUGCCGAUGAUGCCGUCUCACCCGAUGAUGCCACCUCCUCUGAUGGCUCCACCACCUCCUCCAACUCCGACGGCCGUGCCACCUCCACCGCAGGCACCUUCCGCGCCACAUUUCACGCCGGGAGCGAUACCUCCACCACCGCUACCUCCGCCAAUCGGGCAACCACCGCUGCCUCCGAGCGCCCCAAUGGGAAUACCCGCUCCGCCAAGGAUGAUUCCACCUCCGCCGUGGCAACAACCUGCUCCACCGCCACCAACACCCCCGUCUAUGCCGCCGACAGGCGCUCCGAGACCACCGCCACCAAACUGGAGGCCUCCGCAGCCACCACUGCCCCCGCAGAUGCCGCCUGCCGGAUUUCCCGGACAACCUCGGCUGCCUCCGCCUCCGCCGACGACCAACUUCAGUGCGGAUACGUUCAAUUUCUAGUGAGCGGGCGCGGGGACUGUAUGUGUGUGUUCCGGGAUUUUUGUGUUGCUCUAGAAUACCUAUUACUCUAUCGAACGAUUAAGUGGAAUAAAGCUUAUAAGAAUGAUUA